GCACGUUGUGGCACCCAGUGAGGGUUCACAUUUCAUACAAGCAACAUCCCAGACCCAGUAUCAUGAUGCCGCAGCCGAUCACAACGCCGUUCUCCUCACCGAUCGAAGUACACCAGCCAGGACAAAGGAAAGUCAGAGCGUACGCAGCCGUUAUCCGGGUCACUCCUCCUUUGCUGAGAUGAGCGUGGUCAACGAGAAGUGCGUCCUCAACCAACUGGCUGCCUAUGCAAUGAUUGGUUGCGGCUUCUAGACUGUUACUGGACCAUUUUUGAACGUACCGAAACCAGGGCCGGAUGACUCAGUCGUUGCAUUUGGUCAUGUUAGUGUCGGUCUAACGGCUGUGAUGGCAGCGAAAAACAUGGGCGUUGGCCAGAUCAUUGCAGUUGACAUUGUGCAAGAACAGCUACAAAUGGCGAAAGAGCUUGGCGCAAUAGAUGCGAUCAAGAAGGCAUUAAAGUCAGGCACAGGUCUUACAUUUGCCAUAGACUGUACUGGCGUGCUCCGCGUCAUUGAAAACAUGCUAGCCUGCCUCUCAGUAGUUACAGGGGACUGCGGAUAUUAUUGGGGUUCCACCGCCAGAUGCGAGGAUUUCCAUCUACCCACUGAUGUUCUUGUUGAAUAACAAGAAAUUGAUUGGAGAUAUCGAGGGUGACUCGAACUUAGAAGAUUUCAUUCCGGCCCUUGAUGAAGUGCAGCAGACUCGCUCCUUUCCUAUCGAAAAAUUGUGCUGUACCUAUCCUGUUGAAAGACUGGAAAACGCGAUCCAGGACCUACACACCGGCAAUGUG